GCAGCAGCAGCUACUACGACGAAAAGCUCUUGGCCGGCUACAGACAGGUACGAAACGGGCUUCGUUUGUUAAAGUUCACUUGGCUCAGUUUGCAUUGAACCGUAGAGAAAGCUGGCGGACGCAUUAAAUACAUUACGUGGCAUAUAACAGAUAGUAGUAGUAGUAGUAUCUAGUAGAGAUAGUCAAAAUCUACCUGUUCUGCCGUGUUAUUGUUGUUCUGUCGGACGCUAAGAGUGGUUUUUCGGGUCGCCCAUCGCCGUAGGGCGAACUUUGGAACUGGUUGUCGAUCGUUAUUAUUAUUGUUGUUGUCGUAGUCGACAGGACCAGUAUGACGGGUAAGCCCUUUAAAGCGCCAUGAUCAACAAGUUCCGGUACAGAAAGCCCCCGACGGGGAAAAACUGCAAUAACGGCACAUUCGCGGAAAACAACGGCAAGUGUUUGAAAGUGAACGGCGCUGGCGUCGGCGGCGAGAACAAAGAGAGUGUUAUUGUUGUUCCCGAUGACGAUUGUGAUUAUAAGUGCAACAGCAAGAUGCUGAAUGCGGAAAUGAAAACGGAGUUUAGAGAGUUAUUCUCUCAGCUUCAAUUUUCGAAUGAAACGGCGCUGCCGCCGGAUUCUCUCCGCAGGGCUCUUGCCGAGAGUUUUUUCGACCAGCAACGUUUCCAAUUGGGCUUCAUGGACGAUGCGGCAGAAUGUUUCGAAAACAUGCUUCUUCGCAUCCAUAUGCAUAUAGCACAUGGCGAGGCCGAGGACAUGUGCAACGCGAAACACUGCAUACCGCAUCAGAAAUUCGCCAUGACUCUGGUCGAACAAAGCGUGUGCAAUUCUUGUGGAGCCACCUCUGAACCACUACCCUUUACUCAGAUGGUACAUUAUGUAUCAGCGUCCGCAUUGACCGCACAAGCAAGACAAGUUAACGUUGCCGGAGGAUUCCUAAACGUUUCCGAAUCUUUUGGACAACUUCUACGAAAAGCAGGAGGAAUGGGAGAUAUUAGAGAUUGUCCGAGCUCUUGUGGGGCCCGAAUCCAAAUCAGGAGGACUCUCAUGAAUCGACCGGAAAUUGUAUCUGUUGGUGUCGUCUGGGAUUCAGAAAGACCUACCCUCGAGUACAUUACUGACGUUUUCGCCACUGUUGGCACGACCCUGCGCCUCAGUGAAGUUUUUCAAAGCGUCGUGGAUAAAAGAUGGGCAGAAACAACGUUACACAAUCUAGUUGGCGUUGUCACAUAUUACGGAAAACAUUAUUCCACCUUCUUCUUCCAUUCGAAACUUCGCGUAUGGAUUUACUUCGAUGAUGCAACUGUACGAGAAGUAGGCCCCAGGUGGCAACAGGUCGUGGAAAAAUGUCGGCGAGGUCGCUAUCAACCCCUCCUGUUGCUCUACGCUGUAGCCAGUGGAACACCGGUCAAUACAGAAGAUGCUCCCAAACACGUGAUUCCUUAUCGAUGCGAACGAAAUCCGAAGUCUCCAACGAAGAACUUCCUCAAACGGUCUGUGACGCCCAGUCCGGAGAAACCCAACGUGGGAAACACUCGAAGAGCCAUCACACCCAAUCCGGACAUUGGUUUCGGUCAGAAGCAGCCAUUAACGCGUUCCUACGACGACUAUCAAAAUCUGUCUGUGAUCCAAGACAAUAUACGUGCCAGAGAAAACGUUCCGGACGUGGACGAAGUCGAUGGUGACAUUAAGCACGUCGAUUAUAUCACCAGAAAAACCGUAGAGAGCAUGCUCAUGUCUCAUCCGAAUCAGAAACCGAGAAUCAACGUUCACAGAACUUUAAGUAACGGAUCAUCGUCCGGAACUGAUGGCAUCUCACUUCCAGAACAUUUGAAUGUUCCACGAAGACGUGAUUCAGGUAACUGGAGCGGUGAUCGUAACAGUGCUUCUUCUUCGUCGUCAACCACGAUGGAAAAUCCGUACCUUUACUUGGUCGGAAAGAUGCCCAACGGGAGUAAUAGUGUUCCUGGAAGUCCUACUCGCGGAAAAGACAGCCCCGUAACCGGAGGAAGCAUUUACGAUGCUGGAUAUGAUUCUUACUCGUUAUCAUCCAACGACAGCUCUGCUGUAAACCCAGCUGCCCAUUCAGUAAAACAAGGCCAUCUUGCAAAAAUCCCCGAAGAUUAUAUGAACGUCGCUACCGAAAAAGUUUCUACGAGUUGCGAUAUUCUUUGCUACGAAGCCGAUGAACUCCUCAAGAAGUCGAGGCAGCUUGAGGAAGAACACGAUCUUGUUCUCGCCCUAGCGCUUUGUAACGCUGCUGCUACGAAAGCGCGAGCUGCCAUGAAUGCACCUUACAAUAAUCCCCAAACUCUUAUAUUGGCAAGAAUGAAACACAAUACUUGCGUAAUGCGGGCGAGAAGUCUUCACAGGCGAAUGACUCACACUCCGGACAAUGUAAGUCAGGGUCGCCACUCGAGGCAAAAUUCUAGAGAUAAAGGAAAUCAUUCGCGUCAAAACAGUAAGGAACUUUUAGUCCAAUCUGCUCCAGAGAAGGUUGUAGAGCCGAUCAAAAGUAUCGAGAUAUACGCAACUCUACCCAAGAAGAAAGGUUUCCUUAAGAGCAAAGAGAAAACGAUAGCAAUAGAAGAUGCUGAAUAUAUCAUCUGCGAUAAGAAAAGUACUCGCGAGGCAAGAAGUUCUUCAAAAUCAAAAAAAGAAGAGCUCAAGGUGCGUGACAAGCGAUCCCGAAGUGAAGACAGAAGUAAAAUCUCUAAAGAUUUAUCAAUUGCACCUGCCCCAACAACAACAGUAACAACAACAAAGGAUAAUUCCAAGAAAGAGAAAAACAAGGAAGACAAGGAAGACAAAAAAUCGAAAGAAGACAAAGAUAAAGGGAAAAAGCAACACAAGAUACGGAGAAAACUAAUGGGAGGCCUUAUAAGACGUAAAAACAGAAGUAUGCCUGAUCUUACGGAUGGCAACAUAGAUAACCCUUCAAAGGAUCCAAAAUUAAUGGUCACAGUCGAUGACAGCAAAAUUGGAAUGGGAGAUUCUGAGAAAAAGUCGAAUAUGUGCGGCUAUCUCUCGGAAGGCCAUCUAGAAUUUACGGGAACCACCAGCACCAAUCCUAAUUUAGAAAGAAGCAAGCUCAUGAGAAAGAGUUUCCAUGGAAGUGCAGGUAAAGUACUGACUGCAGCUAAGGUACCUCCACCACCCCCACUUAGAACAACAUCACAAUUAUCAGCCAACAAACAUGACAGUAGCUACGAAGACUCGAUCCAACACGACUUUUCUAAACAAUACGAACAAAAUCAUUAUCACAAUAGUAGUAAUCAGCAUGGCUAUGAUGUUCCCGAUUCAGGUCCUCUGAGAAAUCCUCCUACAUUCCUACCGUCUCAAUCUUCAUUGCCUUACUUGCCAUCAAACAGUAUUUGUCGUUCACUUUUGAGAAGCCAAUAUGGUCAAGAUGACAGAGACUGGAAUAUUUCUUCAGAUAACUCCUUUGAGCAAAACCCUGACGAUAAUCGUAUUGUCACCACAGCCGUUGUCCAUCAAGAGCAAAGUCCUAUGCAUCAUGAAACUAGACAUAAUGCUCAGAGCAUUGAUGAAGUGGAUAGUUGCGUGCACGACUCACUUCAAAAUUUAGAGCUUCCUCCUUAUCCUAGUCCCAUAGGUUCAGUUAAUCAUUCGCGUCAAGCCAGUGAAGAAUUCCCACCUCCGCCGUCUGGACUUGACCUCUCCGCUCUUGAAGAACAUUUAUUUUCAACCGCAAAUAAUAUCGAUUCACACAAUUACUCAGAGUCUGCUGGUUUAUUGGAGCAAUUGAAGCAGAGAAAGCACGAAAUCAUGACGCAAGAAGAACACAAAUAUCUACAGGGAAUGGAAAGAAUGGGUGCGUCCAGCGAUACUUGGCUGAAGGAACUUCAAGCUAAACAAGAAGCACUUAAAGCCAAGAAAAUCGAUGAAAAAAGCCAAAAAGAUGGUUUCGGUGGGCACAGAAAAUUAUCUACGGAUUCUAUGAAAAGUGAUAGUAGUAAAGUUACUUCUGUAAGAGAUCUAGCAUCGAAAUUCGAAAAUAUUAACGUUCACCCCGGUAUCAAUAAACAAAAUGAAUGUGCUCAGAAAAGACCUAACGUUGGGCAAAGCGGUUUCGACUGUGGAAAUUAUUCGAUCGACAAGAACUCAAACGUUCUUUACACACAAAGUUUAAGAGACUUAUCCAAUAGUCCUAUUAGUAUGGGUGUGCUGUCACUGAAAAAAAGAGACGAACUUGAUGCUGUUCAAACUAAUACGAAUACUGACGAAGAAAAGUCAGCAACUAUCGGGCCCAAUCCAGAAAUCCUACGGACUAGACCGCCACGAACCAAAAAGAAAAGUGUCUCAUUUUGUGAUCAAGUUAUUCUUGUUGCAACGGCAGAAGAACAGGAAGACGACAGCUUUAUUCCCAAUCCAAUAUUGGAACGUGUUUUGAGAGCAGCUCUGAACAAAAACGAAGACAACGUAUCUGAAUCAUCGUCUAUCAAUCAAGAACCACAACUUAAACCAAUUUUUAUUGAACAAUCCAUAACAAUUAGAGAUAGAGCUGGCUCCGUAGACAAUUUGUUUUCUCAUCAAAAUAACGAACAAUCGCCACAGAAAAGUGAAGAUGUCGUAGAUGCUUCUAAUUUAAAGGUCAAUUAUUCCAUUCAACAUUCGGAUAGGAAUUAUCGCCUUCCUAACGAGUUUAGCCAAAUUCCCGACGCCCAUAAGGAGCAACAUAAUUCAGUCCAAACUUUGCCCCCUUCCAGUUCGUACCCAGUUAACACUUACCCCAAUCAACCUCAGAUAAAUUACGAACAACAGUCUAACAUGAUCCACAGAAGGAAUUCAGAUAGUCUUAUCAGACAAGCAAUUUCCGAAAGUCAAAAUCAAAUUUAUUUUGCCAGACAAUUAUCUCAUCCAGAAAACAUUCCACAAAACCACAGUGUUGUAAGACAUUCACCAUCGGUGUAUCAAAUGCAAAAUGGUUAUCAAGGCUCUGGAUCUCUACCAAAAAAUCAACACUCUCCGUCUCCUACUCCUUCGGUUAAUCAUAUUCAAACCAGCUCCAACAAUCCGCAAUACCAUCAUGGUUAUAAUACUCAGCAAGCAAGUCAACCAGAUCAAAAUAACAUCUACCAUUAUCAGCACAAUGGAAGUAGACCCCAACAAGCCAUAGAUCAUCCGCAAAACUCUUAUCAUCCACAACACCAAAACGGGAACGUAUAUCAAAAGCAACAAAUUACUUCCGAUCAACAACAACAACACCAGUACUAUUCCCAACAACAAAAUGGGAAUAUCCAUCCAAGGAACCAGAUGCGUCCUGAUCAUUAUUCCCAACAAAAUGGAAAUUUUCACCAACGAGUCCAGACACCAACUGAUCAAAUCCACUAUCCCUAUCAUCCUCAGCAAAAUGGUAACAUUUACAAUAGACAACCUAAUGUUGAUCAGUCGCAAAUUGCAAAUGUGAGCACGCAAAGGCAUUCAGCCGACCACGUCCAAAAUGUACACCAACAAAGUGGGAACGUGUACCAGCGACAACCAUAUCCUGCUGAACCAACUCAAAGUUUAAACGGAAGUGCUGCUCAUCAUCAACAGCAGUACAAUGUUUAUCAAAGAGUUCCUCAGCCAUUUUCAGAUUAUCCGUAUAAUCACGAAAGACCUCAAAAUCCUGUUUACUACAGAAUGCCUACUCCUGACCAACAUAAGUCCGCAACGCAAGAUAUUUCUACCCAAAAUCACAAAAAUGCUCUCUAUCAGAGUGUUUCACGUCCAGAGAGUAACGUUUCCUCGAACUACGGUCAUCAUCAAGGAAACAACGGUUAUGGUGAAGACCAUACCGGGAAUUCACAGCAUCAAAAUGGAUACUCGCCUCCUCAAAACCAAUAUUCACCUUAUCAAAUGCCUCCAGUAAAGUAUGUGGCGUAUUCACAAGGUUUGCCAGCCCGACAACAAUUGAAGAAGACUGUAAGUUUUGGGGAUACUCCAAAAUGUGGGAACGAAUCGCCGACACCAAAAGCUGUGGUCACACCUAUAAUCGUUAAUCCCCAAAUGAAUAAUAAAGGUGCUACAAACGGUAAAAUAAAGUGCAACUUAUGCAGAAAGAAACUUGUUUCUGUGCCGAGUAUGUAUUGUACGGAUUGUGAGUUUUACAUGUCCAGAUUUAAACCGAAGACGUAGUAGUUUGGUGACGUUAUCGAAGUUUCGCGCUAGUGUUUUAAGUAAGAAUCGGCCUUUUCUCAAUUGUGAUAUAUAAAGAAAAUGUUCAAAUUUUAUUUAUGUACAAUUGUUUCUAAAGUAAUCUAAUUGCAUAAGAUCUCAUUGUUUAGUUUGAUAAGAUUACUAUAUUAUGUUUUAGUUUUAAUUUUUAUAAUUUUAUAUGAUGAUUAUACAAAA